UCGGCGUGGAGAGUGAACCUCCUCACCAUCAUGAACUUCUCCGGAAAGUACCAACUGCAGAGCCAGGAAAACUUUGAGCCCUUCAUGAAGGCAAUGGGCCUGCCUGAUGAGCUCAUCCAGAAGGGCAAGGACAUCAAGAGCACGUCGGAGAUCGUGCACAACGGGAAGCAUUUCAAGCUCACCAUCACCACAGGGUCAAAAGUAAUCCAGAACGAGUUCACCUUGGGGGAGGAGUGUGAGCUGGAGACCAUGACUGGGGAGAAGGUCAAGGCAAUUGUUAAGUUGGAAGGUGACAACAAACUGGUGACCACUUUCAAAAACGUCAAGUCCGUGACUGAACUCAACGGAGACAUACUCACCAAUACCAUGACAACGGGCGAUAUUGUCUUCAAGAGAAUCAGCAAGAAAAUUUAGACAAGUCAGAAUUUCCCAUUCUUUUAC